GGGCCUCCAAGUUGCCGUAUCAAAAACAAACAUGGCGUCUUCGGCGGAUGUUCAUGUCCGGAUUUGUGGACAAGAAAUCAUCAAAUAUGACCUCGAAAUUAAAGCUCUAAUCCAGGUAAACAAUCUCAAAUAUGAACUGUUUCUCUGAGAUCUUCUACUCCGGGUUUGUUAUUCUGAAAUGUCCGUUAAAGAGACUCUUAAAGUUACUCAAGUAUCAAAACUAAGAUUAGGUAACUUUUAAAGACCUUUAAUAGAUUUAACCCCUAAAGAACAUUAAAUACAUUAAACACUGUUAAUACUAGAGGUCUGAAAGAGCUAGACAUAAAGUAAAAGAAACUUUUAACUUACCAACCAAAGCAGCAUCUCAGAGGUUUUCGACCGAAGUGAGGAUAAACUUUUCUUUGUAAACAAACAAACAAACAAACAAACAAACAAACAAACAAACAAGUUUCCUCCGCUGAGUCCCAGAUUACCUUAAAAAAGGUCAUCUUAUUCAUAUAGAAAUGAUGUUUAUUUACCUUCAUCUAAAAGGCCAUAAAGCUUUCUGUAACUUAAGUUUGAAGAAUAAGACAUUAGGAAAAUUAUCCAUAGACACCCCCGUUGAGAGAUGAAUGUUGCCGACUGCUUGCUUCUCUAGUUAUACAAACUUUAGUAAUGACUGCAGGAUAGCAAUACAGAGAGCCACGCGCUACAAACAAGGGGCUGCUGGAAGAGAGUGGGUGAGUUGUGGUUAGUCUCUUUGCUAAAGAAAUCAGGUAAAGUUAAAAAUAUGUUUGGUGGCUAGUACUAUGGCGAUGACCCUAUAUGCACUGUUGAUGUUAGGUGCUGUUCUGAGCAUUAUUUGUGGCUAUAGUGUGGCGUUUUGGUUGAGGUUUGUCUAUGGCUUCUCAGACCACUGUGUAUUGCUAUCGUGCGGUCGUCACUAAAGUUGGUAUAACUAGAGAAGUAAGCCGUCGGCAACAUCCAUCUCUCAAGGGGGUGUCUAACUCGGUGUUAAGGUGUAUGACCAUAACUUAAUUUUAUGCCAGAAUAUCCUUUUAGAUGAAGUUUAAUGAGAAUUUGUUCAGUCAGUCUGUGUUUUAAAAAGGUUCUAAAUGAUGGUUUUUAAUAUUGACUUUUGACAGACCUGAAAGGCAGAAUUUGCUGAAAGAUAACCAGUCUUAAGUACAUUAAACUCUGUACCACAUUUGUGUUUGUGCUCCACCUACAGGACAUCAGGGAUUGUCCUGGACCUCAUUCAGCCCUCACUGAGCUCAACUCCCAGGUGAAAGAGAAGUUCAGCAAACUCAGACUAAGAAUCCAGGUCAGCCACCACACACACACACACACACACACACACACACACAUACAUACACACACAUACACACAUACAUUUAACAAACUCUAUCAGAUUUGAGAUUCGUCUGCUACUGUUCCAGACAGUUUAGUUUGAUCUAAUUUGAUGCCGACAGGAUCUGGAGCAAAUGGCCAGAGAACAGGACAGAGAGACGGACAGACUGGCUAUUCAAGCAGAGACAGAGAGCCAACGAAGACAGAUGUUAAGGUACGUGGACAAACACAUGCAGACACUUUAACAGCAGUCAUCUUUAUUUACACCUUUUCCCUCAUGAAUCAGCCAGCGUUCAGUCUUCUACAGUGAGUUAAAUAUUUGUCAAAAUUCAGUAUUCAAACAGAAAAAAAACAGAGGCCUGUCAUUUGUGUAUUUUUUAAUUUUUCUGCUUCCGUCCAAGGCUGAAGCUGAUAAGAUACAUUAACAGGUAUUCAAUUAGGAUUGAAGAAGCUGAAUACCAUGCACAUUAACACAGAUCCAGACACAAUAAACCUGAUAAACAACUAACAGACGAACAGAAGCUUCAAUUCUUGUUGUUUCUCCAGUUUGAUUUUAAUUCUUUUUUUGUGGAUUCCAGUAAUCAGACAGCUUGGAGGAAAGCAAACCUGGCCUGUAAACUUUCGAUAGAUAACAUGGAGAAGGACGAGCUGCUCCAUGGACGAGAAAUCUCGAACAUCAGACAGAGGUGAGUUGGUUUUACCGAGUCAGAGGCGGCAAAAAUAAUUCUUCAUUUUUUUGAAGUGUGUCUUUGUCUCUAAUUCAGAGUUGGGUUUAAGAAGCUUGGCUUUUCAGUUGGGUAAGGACUAAAGGAACAGGAAAAAAUAUUUGCUUCAGUCACUGGCUAACAUGUUUCUUUUAGAAUCGACUGCCUUUGAGUCUUUGCUUGAUUUGUAAAGAGUUAGAUAUGUUUAACACUGCUGCAGAUAACCUCACCUUUAGAUGAAUUGAUUGACCAUAAAAAUAGAUAAAUCAUAAAUAACACAACGUGUAGUUCUGAAUUUCCUCUGCUUUCAUAACGUUUAACCAUAAAUAUCUAAGAAGAAGCGUUGAUUUCUUCGGUUCAAUCCAACAAACAAAAAACUUAAACCUAAUAUUACUGCUGCUCUGUUAAGUGCAUGACUGCAUUUUCAUUCUUAGUUUUACUUCUCAGAAAAGCCACCAAAGAAAGUCUUGUGGAGACCAGUAGCAACAUCACAGAGAGUCUGAUGUCCAUCAGCAGGAUGAUGUCUGAGCAGGUGAAGCAGAGCGAGGACACAAUCGGCACUCUGGGUAAAAGAAAACUCUCGUGUUUAUUUAUGUUGUUUUGAAAUAAGGCUGCACGAUAUUGGAAAAAACUAACAUUGCGUUUUUUUUUUAAACCCUGCGUUAAAUAUUGUGAUAUUAAAAAACACUUAAUGUUAUGUUGCACUGCUGAAAUCUUGUGGACAGUUAACCUGCACUAAUCUCACCUCUUUUUCGUGAAUGUUAGUAUAGUGGCCUCUGUCUGUCUCAGAGAUAUUUUUAGCUUUUAUUGUUCUGGGACGUUAUUGUGGCAACAGAUGAACACAGAACACGUGUUUUGGUUGACAUCAUCCUUCUUUUAACCGAAAUAAUUCUAGAUAACUGACUUUCCUUUUCUUUUUGGCAACAAGUCUUCAUUUUCGUUUCUCAUUUUACAAUUGUUGUUGUUAUUAGCGGUGUUGUGCCGAGAAACGCACGUCCUCCGAGAAUGGCAUGCACCUCACAAAACGCGCACCACUUAUAGUAGAGUGGUCCAUGGAAAUGUACGAUUUAAAAUCCAUACAGUUCUUAUUUGUUGGGCUAAACAGUGAUGAGGAAUGUUCCCAAAGUAAUUCUCAGCGAAUACGUGUUUCUCGGCACAACACCAGCAGCGCCAGCGACUCACUCAAUGUGCAGGGGCGUGGUUUCCUCCUCUCUGAUUUUGAUUGACGGCUGGCAGAAUAGUCUGAUUGGCAACUGAGUACAUGUGCUGCACAGCAGAUGCAGAAUCACAUGCAGUGUAUCUCAGUCAGCUACCCUUGAAAUUAGAUGAGCUCAUCCGCCUCCAACAUCACAGGCUCUGCAGUGUUGACUAUCGCGCACACGUACAUCGCGAUGACGAUGCUCAAACGAUGUAUCGUGCAGGCCUAUUUUGAAAUAGCUUUCAUUUCCGUUUCACAUCUCUGUAACCUAACGACGUCUCUUUCUUCUCAUCUUCCUCGCCAAAGCCACCUCCUCCAGGACUGUGCUGGAAACCAACGAGGAGUUUAAAAAUAUGACAGGAACCAUCCACCUGGGGCGGAAACUCAUCCUCAAGUACAACAGGCGUGAGCUGACAGAUAAGCUACUCAUCUUCCUCGCUCUGGCUCUCUUCCUCGCCACUGUCCUCUACAUCCUUAAGAAACGCCUCUUUCCGUUCAUUUAGUCAGCUGCUUCACACCCUGAUCUUUAGAAGAACUUUUUUUUAGUCUUACUACUUCAACAGAAAUGAGAAAUGAGAAAAUAUUUCAUCUCUUUUGGCACCUCUGUUUAUUUUAACUUGAUUGAUAUGCAACAUGUAGGUUUUGAUUUGCAAAAUCAGCUGAAGAAAAAACACUUCACCUUUUUGAGCCAUGUCAUACGAUGUUCAUCACCUGGUGGAGAGGCAAAAGUUGUUGAGCACCUACAGGUGAGGCGGGGGACAAAAGCCAGUCUGCGGCUCUUGUGGACUGUUUGAAGCUUACGUCUUAAGAACUAUAGAGUGACUGUGAUGUCCAAAAAUGAUGAAAUUCAAAAAUUAGAGAGGUAUGCAAACUCUACACUCUUAUACAUUUUCAAGGCAUUCAUGUUACUGUAAAGUAGUUCCAAAAAAGGCACUUUAACACAUCAACUGGCAUUUAUAACGAACCGGGGUUAAUGCCGUGGUGUGCAGUGACCCUCUUUUUGUUUACAGUAUUGUCAAAAUACAACCUGUGUGUUUAUACGUGUAUGUGCGGUUCAUAAAGUGUGUAUGCUGGUCGGGUGAAGAUGGCUUUUCAAUGUUACAGUUGUGGAGGAAUCAUCUCUGGUCUUAAAUCCAAACAGCUGAUCCGGAGGGUAGCUCAGUCUCUGAUUCUGUGAAAUAACUCUGUGAUGUGAAGUCAGACACAUUGUGGAUGUUAAAUACCUUUUAUGAAUGUAUGAAUAAAUGUCCGCUUUUGAAUAAAACGGAAUAUUUUUAACAUAUUAAGGGAGUGCUUGGCUACAUUUCCACUGAUGCACCAGUAGAUGGCAGGAUACUCAACAUAAAACACCACCAUGAAGAUGUUGAGACUCCAUCCACACGCUUUUCUUUGUCCAGUAAACUCUUUGUACUUUAUUGACUUUCAGUGAAAACACGUUUACAGAAAAACUUACAAAACAUUACCUGAAAUCCAAGGUGUAUAUAUGAAAUGUGAUUCUUGAAGAGGAAUAUUAAAAUACAUUGAACUCUAUAAAUACAAAAACACUUAAAUAGUAGACUUCUGACUGAGCUGCACUUGAAAUUCCCCGUCGUCCAUACCCAGUGCUGAAAUAUCUCGUCACAGAGACUUACUGUCAUGUGGAAGUGAGGUAGAUAAACGGUUUUAAUCCUUUUACAAGUCAAACACAAAGACAAAUAUUAGUUAAGCGUAAAUAUCAUAUUGGUUAAAUAAGUUAUGAGUUAUUGCUUUCGCCAGAAAACCCACUACAUCUAAUCCCUCUGUUCUGAUUCGCCUUUCUGCGCCCGAACGGGACCUUCCUGUCUGUUUACGAUGCACCAGCAUUAUUUGACACAGGCGGACCAGAUUGUGUCGUGUUGUCGACUUGGCUGUUGUCUUCAUGUUGCGCCUCCGCUGUCGGCUGCUGUAGAGUGAAGGGCCGGGGCACAGUGGUCGGUAGUGGGCUGGUCGUGGUGUGCUGUGGAGUGUCUGAUUGGCUGACAGAGCAGGAACUGCCAAAGCUGCUGCACAGCGUCCCCCAGUUUUGCUCGCACUGGCUGCGCAUCCGUAGACUGACCCACGAUCUGACCUCGUCUCCACAGUCCAACAGGAAGUUUAUCAGCUCCACGUAUGGUCUGGUGGGACAUGGGAAAAGAUGGGAUCUACUGGUUUAAUGACUUGUCUUUCCAGCUUUUAACAAAUAAACAGUAUAAUAAUUUUAAAAA